GCAACAGGUUUUUCCUGCAUGUCUCCAACCAUGGUGGAGCACAACGGCCUGGAUAUCAUGUGCCUGAACAAGUACUGCCACAGCUCAUCCUCGUCGUCCAGCUCCGAGCAAGACAAGAAGAUGUUCAGCAAACUGAAACACACUUUGUCUGGGGAUUAUCCGAGGAAGAGCGCAGAGAUCCUCAGUGGGCAGUAUGGCACCAACGUGCUGCUCAUCGGUGUUUCUCUCAUGCUGGCCGUCGCGCACCACCACGACACCUCCUCUGUUAAAGAAGAACACCUGCUGUCCUUCGUCACCUGCCUCAUGAUCCUGCAGCUGAUGUGGAUGAUGUGGUACAUCCUGGUGCGGGACAGACAGAAGAACACGAGGACCGAGAAAGAUGUGCACGCCACCACAUGCUGGAUAAGAGGUGGUUUGACUCUCCUUGCACUCCUUUCACUGAUCAUGGACGCUUUCCGAAUCGGGUAUUAUGUUGGAUACCAGUCUUGUGUGUCGGCUGUGCUCGGGGUAUAUCCUGUCAUCCAUGCAACUCACACCAUAGCACAGGUGCAUUUUCUCUGGUUUCACAUCAAGGAUGUCAUCAAGAGCUUUGAAACAUUUGAGAGAUUUGGUGUCAUCCACGCGGUCUUUACCAACCUCCUGCUGUGGUGCAACGGCGUGAUGUCAGAGGCCGAGCACUUCUUGAACAACCACAAGCGAAGGCUCUCUGCCCUGGGCUACGGAAACCUCACUAUCGUGCACUCAGAGCCCCACUGUAACUGCACCACCAGCACUUGCUCCAUGUUCUCCAGCAGCCUCUUCUAUCUCUAUCCCUUCAACGUCGAGUACCACAUUUUCGUCUCCGCCAUGCUCUUCGUCAUGUGGAAGAACAUUGGACGAACCAUUGACCUUUCUUCAAACCGGAAGAGGCUGGCGACCAAAACCCAGGGCCUCACCUUAGGCCCCAUUCUGGGUCUACUUGCACUGGCCAGCACUAUCGGGAUCCUGGUGGUCUACAUCACCCAUGUAGAGGAAUCCCUCCAAACGCGCCAGUCAGCCAUUUCCAUGUUUUACAUUUACGGCAUCGUCAUGCUGGUGUUCAUGUGCUCUGCUGGCGCUUCAGGUUUGCUCAUAUAUCGAGCGGACCAUAUGCCGCUGGACACCUCCAAGAACCCGUCCAGACAGCUGGACACGGAGCUGCUGUUUGGGUCCUCUAUCGGCUCCUGGCUCAUGUCCUGGUGCAGCAUAGUGGCCGUGUUAGGUGCCAACAGCAGUCCUCCUUACCGCUGGACCAACCUCAUAUACUCUCUGCUCAUUGUGCUGGAGAAGUACAUCCAGAACCUCUUCGUCGUAGAGUCUUUGUAUCGCCAGCAAGAGGACGGCGAGAGGGAGGACCCCGAGCUACCGGCCGCUCCAGAAAUCUUCUCGGUGACGUCCUCUUUGGCGCCGCCGUACAACGGCAUCAUCAACCGAGCCUACGAGACUCCAGACAGAGCCUGUGCCACCAUGGAGAAUGAGCAGGAGGAGAGCGGACAGGUGUACCGAUGUCCGAGGAAACCUUCGGAGGUGCCGCUGACUGUUGGAAACAAAGUAAAAGAGCCUCUAAAUAUAAAGAGGCAAAUCCUCAAGAACAUCGCUGUCUUCCUCAUAAUGUGCAACAUUUCGCUGUGGAUCCUUCCUGCCUUUGGCUGCCGGCCACAGUACGACAACGGGUUGGAACAGGAGACGUUUGGCUUCAGCAUAUGGACCACAGUUCUCAAUUUCGCCAUUCCUUUGAACCUUUUCUACCGCAUGCACUCAGUCGCCUCCCUCUUCGAGGUGUUCCGCCGGGUCUGACAGGAUAACAGAUGACUGACGAAGCCAGAUAACAUGCACAAGAACACUUGUCACCGCCGGCUCCCGAGAGUGUCUCACAGCGCAGGUCAGCCGUUCAGGAGGCAGUCUGGGUCACACUCCAACAGACUUGAAAACAAGCCGCGGAGACAAACAAAACGUAGAUCCCUCAGUGUGGGGGGAUUGACAGAUGAGGACGAACCUAUUAGACCUACAUUCCUUGAAGAAUUACAUUGAAUAAGACGAGGCUUGUUAAUUAAAAAUGGUGAUGAAAAGGACCUUUGCUUUCAAGAAUUUCAAAAGAGCCCUUUGUGCUUUUUGUUCAGUAGUCACAUUUCAGUAGGUUUUGCUCAGUGGUUCAUCAUGUAUAUGCUGUAUGUGAAUAAUACUACAGCUACUGAAACACCUGUUAGUCUCAAACAUCUACUAGUACUGUAUUCAACAGAGCCACAAGUGCAUUGGUGUACCACUUGACCCCUAUUUUAUCUGCAUGUGAAAUGUUCAUAUAUGGAUACGGUUCUCAUUUACUUCUCUUAGUAGAUCAAGUUUAAUGCAACACUUGAGCUACAAAGAUAGUGACAAUCCUUAGCACUAUAUUGUGAAUAAUCUUUAUGAGUUGGACUAUAGUUCUCGGCCUCUCUCGGUCAUUUAAGGUUCAUCGAUGUCCUUUUGUAUGCUGAUUCUCUGUUCUGUCAAGUUGAAUGGUAAGUUAUGAUCAAAAUGAUGGUACUAGGUAGCACUGUUUUGGGGUUAUACUGGAGUAUCUGUAUCCACAUUAUAUUGCGAAAUAUUAGGUGAGAUAACAAAUCUAUCCCUGAUUACAAUGAAUUCAUGUAUGUUAACAUGAAACCGUUUAAUAUUGUGGAAAUCUAUAUUGUUAAAACUGGGAGUCUUUUUUCAGAAUAGUUCCAGGAUUAUUGGUGCCUUCAAAUGGGGUCGUGUUUACCGUGUUUUACGCCCUCAUCUUGUUUUAUUCACAACCUCGUAAGUUGAAAGAUUCUGAAAGCUCAGAGUUCACGACAAGUGACGCGUUUGUUGACGUUGUCAGAUGUGGCGGAGGCCAUCAAAGUAAAUGUUUUGGUGCAUAAUAAGUUAAUAUAUUGUAAUUUUAGUUGUAUUAUUCUUUUAUGUCUGAGAAAAAUUUUGAUAUUCCCAACGACUUCAUCUUUUUCCUCUGUCAUUAUGUCUUUGCAUGUCCUGCAUUAUGUUACCCACUUGCUAGCUUUCAAAAUUGUUAGCCUCUGUGGCUUCUACACGUUGACAGUAGCGUUAAU